ACUGGGAUGGCAAAAGACUGGCAAGAUGCGCAUUUGGGUCAAUGUCAGAGGAUCGAAGAAUAUCCAAAUGUAGCUAUUAAUUAUCCAGGACCUUAUGUAACUCAUUCUGGAACCAUGGCAUAUCAUCCUACAAAUACUUCCUUUUAUGCUCAAGUACCUACCCAUACUAGUCCUCAAGGUACCCUUUACCCAGUAUAUAAUUCUGUAAGCCCAGUAUAUGAUCCUACUACUGGACGUGUUCUUUAUCGAAAUUUAGGACCUCCUCCAACGACUUCGAUACCUGCAACUCGACCUGGACUAGCUGUUUAUGGUCCGUCGCAGCAUUUGCAAGCUCCCCCUGCUCCUUCGACCCAUCCAGGCGAGCGUGCUUCUUCUGCAGUAGCAGCUGGAAGCUCAAUUGCAACAAACGGAGAUUAUCCAUCACAAUCUGUGAUGGCUCCUUCAGGAGACUCUAAUAUCUCCCGGCCCACAAAUAUACGGUCAUCUACUUCUCCCUUUGUUGCUAAUCAAAACAUUCCUCUCCCAGCCGGCCCCUCGAGUCAACCAUCGCCGGCUAAUAAUGAGUUUAGACAAUUAAAUGUAACUGAUGCUCUGUCCUAUCUGGAUUUGGUAAAGUUACAGUUUCACCACGAACCUGAAGUCUAUAAUGAAUUUCUUGAUAUCAUGAAAGAGUUUAAAUCGCAGGCGAUUGAAACUCCCGAGGUCAUUACCCGAGUAUCUACUUUAUUUGCUGGUUAUCCCGCACUGAUUCAAGGAUUUAAUACGUUCCUACCACCUGGCUACGGUAUUGAACUAGGUCCUGCUGAACCUGGUAAACCUCCCGCUGUGCAUAUCACAACUCCACAAGGACCACUAGUAAUUGCAGACUGGAACCGUCCUCAUGCUUCUGCCCAACCAACUUCAGGUUUUCCAAAUGUAGCUCCUUAUCCAACAGCCAACUCGCAGCCUGACCUCCCAUCCCCUGGUGUAAUCCCCCCUUCUGCUCAUUCUUCCACUUCUGUUCCAUACAAAUCAUCUCCUUCUCCGAUGACUCCUUCAUUUCCCUCGGCAGAUGCAUCUGUAAAGCAAGCCGCUGACUUAGAUCAUGCUAUUAAUUUUGUAAAUAACGUGAAAAAUAGGUUUUCUCACAAACCUGAAGCUUACAAUGCUUUUUUGGACAUAUUAAAAUCAUAUCAACAUGAUCAACGUCCUAUUCAACUCGUUUAUUAUCAAGUUUCUCAACUGUUUGCGGAGGCACCUGACUUAUUGGAAGAGUUUAAACGAUUUUUACCAGAUGUAUCUCUUAAAACUACUUCAGAAAACCAAGAGAAGCCUAUUGCUGCCAUUUCAGAGCCUGUGAUACAAGCUUCUAAAGUGUCUCCUGCCGCAACAACUUCUUCUCUUCCUCCCAUUGGCAAAUUUGCUCCUCCAGCUCCAACGAAACCUUCCCAACCAGUAGAGAAACGCCGUGUAGAGCCAGCCGUAUAUACCAGAAGUCACGCAAAACGCACGAGAACUGCAACUACAGCCGCCGAAGAAGCUACUCCAAGAGCCUUCAAUGUUCCAAUUGCCCAAAACAAAAACCCGACAGAACUUGCUUUUCUUGAUGCUGUACGUCAGUAUUUGGUCAAUGAGUCUAAAUAUAACGAGUUCAUUAAGCUCCUUGAAUUAUACUCUCAGGAAGUAUUUGACAAAAAUGCACUGGUCGAACGUUGCCAGACAUUCCUUCAUGAUAAUGAGCAAUUAAUGAAUUGGCUCAAAGAUUUAGUAAAGUGGGAUCCUAAUGAUUGUAUUCCCGUUCCAAGACCAAGGGUUGACUUAACCCAGUGUAAAAGUUAUGGUCCAAGCUAUCGUCUUCUCCCUAAAAUUGAACUCUUAUUGCCUUGUUCAGGAAGAGAUGAUGUAUGUUGGACAAUUUUAAAUGAUACUUGGGUAAGCCAUCCAACUUUGGCUUCCGAAGACUCGGGUUUUAUUGCUCAUCGAAAAAAUCAGUUUGAGGAAUCUUUACACAAAUUAGAAGAAGAAAGAUACAAAUAUGAUCGUCACAUCGGAGCAAAUGUGAGAGCCAUUGAACUUCUUGAAAUGAACUACCGAAAAAGUCAAAAAAUGACUGAAGUAGAGAAGGAAAACUGGACUCUUCCCGUUGGCCUUGGUGGUAAGUCUCCCAGUAUUUAUCAGAAAGUCAUAAAGAAAGUUUAUGGAAAAGAGGCAGCGCAAGAAAUAACGGAAAAUUUACAGAAACAUCCUGCCAUCACUAUCCCAAUUGUGCUGAAUCGAUUGAAGCAAAAAGAUCGUGAAUGGAGGGCUUUGCAAAAGCAUUGGAAUGAGCUUUGGCAUGAUGUUGAAGAAAGGAACUUUUACCGUAGUCUUGAUCAUCAAGGCAUAUCAUUCAAAUCCACUGACAAGAAAAACACCACUCCUAAGUUUUUGAUUGGAGAACUUCGGAAUUUAUCUAAGCAGCAAAAAACCGAAGUAGAGGAAGGAAAAACGACACCAUCCUAUCAAUAUUUACUUGAAUACAAGGAUAAGUCGAUUAUUAUUGAUAUGGCUCGGCUAUUUGGUGUUUUUUUAGUCCAUGUUUCAACGCAUUCGAUAGAAGACCGAGAAAAGCUUUCUAGCUUUUUGCGUUCCUUCUUAUCACUUUUCUUUGAUAUCCCUUAUGAGUCAUUUGAAGAGUACUUACCUAGUCAUUUUAAUGACGAGGAUUCAGAAACUGAAUCUCAGCUUAGCAGUCAUGAUAAGACGAAGCGUUCAAAUACCCCCAGUUCUCAUGGAGUCAACAAUGGCUUGGGGUUGCUAAAGGAUAUUUUUAAAAAGUCACAAAAAGGCCCCCGGGAAAGUAGAAGCGUGAAAUCUGAAUCUGUUCCCGAAUCCGCCGAAGAAACCCCCGAUCCCAAUGAUGUGGAUGAGUACCCUACUGAUGCUGAAGAACCUAAUGAUUUGGCAGCCACGUCUAUAUUUUCAAGUGGUGAAGUUUGGGUCAACUGUAAAUUUACCGAUUCGGACGGAACCCUGUUGGAUGAUGGAACUAAGUUAUCUGAUCGUAAUGUAUACAAUUUGUUUGGGAAUAUGGGACUUUAUUGUUUUUUUAGAUUAUUUCAUAUUUUAUAUGUUCGUUUAGAACAACUGAAAGGACUCGAGGAAAAAGCAUAUCAGAAACAGCAUGGUAUCAAGCCUAACCCUGUUGCGCUUGAAUUAGGGCUUAUACGAAAUCCUUCCGAGCGUUUGGGAUUUCCACUUCCUUCUGCUGAUACCGUAUAUGGUCAAGCUUUAGAAUUAUGCGAGCGUAUAAUUGAAGGAGAAAUAGAUCAAAAUGGAUUUGAAGAUGCCUUGCGGUGUUUAUAUGGAACACAUGCUUUUAGGAUGUACACCGUUGAGAAAAUCAUUGGCUCUUUGAUGAAACAAUUGCAUACAAUAACUACCAACCGCCGGAUAGCACAAGUAUUUAUGUUUUUUGAGAAAGAUCGAGUGCAACGAAAAACUAGUCCUCGACAGCAAAUUAUGUAUCGUGUACAAACAGAAACCAUUAUUGGACCUGAUGAAGACUUAUGUUGUAUAGAUUGGAAUUCGGAAACUCAACAGUCAGCUAUUCGUUUAAUGGGAAGAGAAGAUUUAACUAUGGCAAAUCUAAAGACCGAUGCAGAGAAAUGGUGUUACUACAUCGGCAGCUAUAUAAUGUCUAGUCCAACCGAGGGCAUUUUGCCAGAACAAGUUCGGAUUCCUUUUUUGCAUCGAAAUUUACCAAUUGAUGAUGUUAAUGAAGAAGACGAGAACAAUUAUGUAGUGCGCAAUGCUCAUGCAAUACUCACGAAUUUCCUAAAAUGUGAUUUGGCGCUCACAAUACCUAUAAAUACGGUGAAAAUAGUUUAUGAACCAAACACGGAAGAUGUUUUUGCUCGUAACUCUAAGCUUGUUUAUCCUGGACCAUUUGAAAAAAUAAGAAGCUAUAGACUGUCCCGAUGGCAUGAAUGGUUAGAAAGUGAAGAUGGAUGGUCUAGAGGGUUGACCAAAGAGAAAUUGAAAGAGAUUAAAGCAGCUACUCUUGAUACCUUAUUUACAGAGGAUAAUUUGCGUGCCUCGAAACCGGAAAAAAUGACAGUCUCAGAAGGCAAAAGGAAAAACGGAUUGAACGGUGGAACUGGUAAUGGUAGGAAAUCCGAAAAGAAUAGUUUACAAAAGUCUGGAUACAGGGCUAGAGGGCUUAAAUCUGAUGGUAUUGCCGAAGCAGAACGGAUAAAGCCAAGAAUUGAUAUAAACGACGAUAAUACGUCUGAAGAAACAAGUCAAAUUGACGGAGAAGAUGAUGCCAAUACUAUUCAAGAUGAGGAUGAAGCAGAGUUGUCUAAGGGUCAGCAACCAGUUAAAGAAUAUGAUGAAGAGACUAGUGAAGUUGCUGACAAUAUAAGUCCGAAAAAGAAGCCGUUAACGAAAAACGUGGAAGGUGAACAAGAAAAGCCAGAAUCUGAUAACCAAUUCGGUGAAGAUACGUCUGCCACUAGUUUAAAUAAGUUAGAUGCUGAUAUGGAGGACGACAAAACAGAUAUGGAAGAGCAAGCUGAUGAGUCUUUUGAUGGCGACAAUACGAUGGAAGAUGAUCAGUUGAAAGAAUAAUAUAUUACUCCACAAGCCAUUUACUUACAACAAUGGCUUAUAAAAAGUUGGUUCACUUUUGUUUUUCAUUUAUGCACGUUAUAUCAUGUAUAUUCUGUACGUUUAGUUCUUACCUUUUGAUUAUUAUAAUUUGCAUUAUUUAAUAGAAAUCUUUUUUUGUACACAUG